GCUACAUCCGGGCACUGGGGCAGGAUGAAUGCUCCUUUUCAAGAUGGCGGCGGAGGGAGGAGGGAAGGAGAUGAACGAGAUUAAGACCCAGUUCACCACCCGGGAGGGGGUGUACAAGUUGCUGAGCCACUCGGAGUACAGCCGGCCCAACCGCGUGCCCUUCAACUCGCAGGGCUCCAACCCGGUCCGCGUCUCCUUCGUCAACGUCAACGACCAGAGCGGCAACGGCGACCGGCUCUGCUUCAAUGUGGGCCGGGAGCUCUACUUCUACAUCUACAAGGGGGUCCGCAAGGCUGCUGACUUGAGUAAACCAAUAGACAAAAGGAUAUACAAAGGAACCCAACCUACGUGUCAUGACUUCAAUCACUUAACAGCCACAGCAGAAAGUGUCUCUCUCCUAGUGGGCUUCUCUGCUGGCCAGGUCCAACUUAUAGACCCUAUUAAAAAAGAAACUAGCAAAUUAUUUAAUGAGGAAAGACUAAUAGACAAGUCCCGAGUAACCUGUGUAAAAUGGGUACCAGGUUCGGAAAGCCUUUUCCUAGUAGCUCAUUCCAGUGGCAGUAUGUACUUGUAUAACGUGGAACACACUUGUGGCACCACAGCCCCACACUACCAGCUACUUAAACAAGGAGAAAACUUUGCAGUCCACACUUGCAAGAGUAAAUCCACAAGAAACCCUCUGCUUAAAUGGACAGUAGGUGAGGGAGCCCUGAAUGAAUUUGCCUUUUCCCCAGAUGGGAAAUUCUUGGCAUGUGUGAGCCAGGAUGGCUUUCUUCGUGUGUUUAACUUUGAUUCAGUGGAGUUACAUGGUACAAUGAAAAGCUACUUUGGAGGACUACUAUGUGUAUGUUGGAGCCCUGAUGGGAAAUAUAUUGUAACAGGUGGAGAGGAUGACUUAGUGACAGUUUGGUCUUUUGUGGACUGUCGAGUAAUAGCUAGAGGCCACGGACAUAAAUCAUGGGUCAGUGUUGUGGCUUUUGACCCAUAUACCACUAGCGUAGAAGAGAGUGACCCAAUGGAAUUUAGUGGAAGUGAUGAGGAUUUCCAAGACCUCCUUCAUUUUGGCAGAGAUCGAGCAAAUAGUACACAAUCUAGGUUGUCAAAAAGGAACUCUACAGACAGUCGUCCAGUAAGUGUUACAUACAGGUUUGGCUCAGUAGGUCAGGACACGCAGAUCUGUUUGUGGGACCUUACAGAAGAUAUUCUCUUUCCCCACCAACCUCUCUCGAGAGCAAGGACACACACAAAUGUUAUGAAUGCCACAAGUCCGCCUGCAGGAAGUGGUGGAACUAAUCCAGGAAGUAAUGGCAACAGUAUCACAACACCUGGAAACUCUGUACCACCUCCUCUUCCACGGUCAAACAGCCUUCCGCAUUCUGCAGUCUCAAAUGCUGGCAGUAAAAGCAGUGUCAUGGAUGGUGCCAUUGCUUCUGGUGUUAGUAAAUUUGCAACCCUAUCACUACACGAUCGGAAGGAAAGACACCAUGAAAAAGAUCACAAGAGAAAUCAUAGCAUGGGACAUAUAUCUAGCAAGAGCAGUGACAAACUGAACCUAGUUACUAAAACCAAAACGGACCCAGCUAAAACUUUGGGAACACCUCUUUGUCCCAGAAUGGAAGAUGUUCCCUUGUUAGAGCCUCUUAUCUGUAAAAAGAUAGCACAUGAAAGACUGACUGUGUUAAUUUUUCUUGAAGACUGUAUAGUCACUGCUUGUCAGGAGGGAUUUAUUUGCACAUGGGCAAGGCCUGGUAAAGGGAGAUAGAGUAUGCAGUACCAAAAAUCAGGAUUUAUGUAUUUGGCCACUAUGGAAAACUUUAAUUACAGGUAAGUCUUUUUCAUGCUAAAUUUCACUUUCAAAAUUAAUAUUGCACACUGAUGUAAAUGCCAUAUUGUUUAGGAUGUAUUUGCUUAAAAAUUUUCAGAUGGAUUUGUUUUUCUGUUUGUUUUUUUUAUUUGCAUUUACAGUGAGCUCACUCUGCUGGUAUAAACUAAGUUUUGGUGGCAUGUUUACAGGGGGUUGGGAAAAUAUUUGUGCCAGAAAGAUGUUAUAAGCAUCCUUUUUGUUUAUGAGAGCACUUAUUAUAACUUUAUACAUAUUUAAUGAGAAUUGUCCAAGUAUAAAAACACUUAUGGUAACGUCUCUUUACUAGGUUAUAUACCACACAUUUCUGUCCUGCCAGUGGCUUUAUCCCUGGGUAAGUCUGGCACUCUAGGAUAUAAAGCUGCUACCUUUUAGUCUUCCUCUCACUGACUGGCUCCUUGACAGUCAACUGCCCCCCCUCCUGUCUUGUCCUACAACAACUAAACAUGAAAAUUCUCUCUUUUUACUAAAUUCAUUCUAUUCUUGCCUUCAAGGGCCUCCAUUGAAUUCCUACCACUGCCAACACACAGCAUAAGACAGAAAAUUGAACUAAUUUUACAGUACAAAGCGUGGCUGCUGUUGAGCCAGCCCUCUCUUUCCCUCUUCUUUUUUCCUUCUUUUUGUAAGAGCCAUCAAAGCAUGUAUAUGGCCAACCCUGUGACCAGUAUUCUCCUCUGACCUUGUAUGCAGCAUUUAAUCUCUGCUGCUUUUGGCUAGAAAUCUCGCAGUGGGUCUUCACGGCAGCAUGGGGCACUGCCGCACUGUUCUAUAUGCUCCGUGCAGUGAACACUACAAGCUUUUUGAAUUACAAUUUCUGUUAAACCAUCGUACCUUGAGCUUCUUCAUUGGAUAAGCUGUUCUUGUCAAAUAUGAACCAAACAAGUUUCUAAAAUUCCUAUGCUAACUUCUGGUCAGAAAUAAUGCAAGAAAUUUACAAAGAUAAAUUUAAAUUGGACCAGUGGGAUGCGGACGGAUGACAUGCUUUAACAGUCCAAAAUUAAUCGUGAAUCAUUGUUCUUUUCCUUUGGAAGUCUGACUUUACAGAAUUCAAUCUUGGUCUCAUUUGUGGAGGGUGCGUUGAUGUCUGAGAAGGUAAUUGUAGCCAUAUUGCCUGUGGGGAUUGCUCCCUAGGUAAACCUAGGGAGGGGGUCAUAGAAAUGGCUAUCUUAUCCCUACUGUGUGAAAAACAGCUUAAAGGGAGCUGGAAAUAUUAAACUGCAUACAGAUUGCAGUGUCAGUUGCUUCCAACUGUAAGGAUCUACAAAUGCAGUCAAAAUGCUGGGCACAUCUUUAUGCAAGGCAAUUUACUUGAAUGUUCGUUACUUUGGCUAAAUCACUUUUACUUGGCACGACUAGCAUCCUAAACGCAUUAUUUUAAAAUAAUUAUUUAAUUUAUUAAAAAUAAACUGAAUUACCUACCCAGAUGGGUGACACACACUUAACCUGUUCAUGGUGUUCUACAACCACUUCAUUUUAUUUCAAGGGGAAAUUGCCCACUCUAUCUCUUGUAAGAGAGCUCAAGGUAAGAUGGGACACAACGAAGGAAUACUCGAGUGAAAUGGCAGUAUAUACCCUGGCAGAAUGAGUACGUUACCACUUGGUAAAACAAAAUGCACAUGGAAUUUAAAUAUUUAUUUCAUUCUUGUUGUACAGGAAAAUCUAGACUUAAAUUAUAACAUCCUUGCAUUUUCCAAUUAACUACAAUUGUAGUGCAGUAUCAUGUUUUGGUAUGACUGUUAUGGUUUAAAAAAAAAAAGUACUUAAACAUUCAUGUACUAUAUUGGAAUUAAAAGCGGUUACACGUACUAAUUUUUCCUCAAUGGAAAGGGGCAUUUCACCAUUACAAUUGAAGUUCAAUUGCUGAUUUUUAAAUACUAUCAAAUAGUUCUCUUUCAAAAGUGGCAUGGUAUCUAUAUAAACUUCAGGGAUGAUUAUAGUAAAACUGAAUCCUGGCUGUAAGGCAUUAGAGUACCAAACUGAAAUAUUUGAACUUUUCUCUAAUGGGCAUAAUAGCAGGGUUGCACCUAGCACACCUCAUCAGGAUGAAAUUCAACUCAUACUGUGGUGUGAUGAUUUCUAGCAAGGUGUGCACAGUGGAAGUAUGGCCUAGUGACUUCAGUGAAGCCAGCGAAGAUCAGAACCCAGUAAAAGCUUUAUGAUGAGGGUGUCUGGAGUAGGAAAUAACAUGACUUUUACUGAACACUUCCAGAAAUUCCUUGAUUUGAACUAUCACCUCUUAAUUUGAUUAUGUAUUCAGAAUGUCUGUAUACAUCUGCCCCUCUAACAGUUUAAAGCUACUAAAUUGAUAUUAAAAAUGCUGGCCUGCCUUUGUUACAAUAACAAAAAUUCGUGUCAGUUAAUUUAUUGUCAGAUUACAUGUAAAAAUUAAAGACGAUUUUUUCCUGCAUUUUUAUGAAUUCUGUAUACUUGAGUUUGUUACAAGAUUGACAUGUUAGGUGAUACUGUACAAAAUUGUAUUGACUAUACCUUUAGUGAAUAUCAAAAGUAAAAUUCAUAUGUAUUUCCUUUUUACACUUCCAUCUAACUUCUUGACAACUUGAAUAAAUUUCAUAGAGCCUUUCUAACAUAAAAUAUUGUUAAAUUAACUGUUGCAAUAAUUAAGCUUUAAGAAGUAUUGUUGGUAUAUUUAUAAUUUUAAAAAAAUCAUGUUUGUUUCAUACUGCUUAUUUUUAGCUGUUCUAUUGUCACUGUUACAGCUGAAAAACUUUACUAAAUACUUGACAUUAAAAAAUUUGCUGGGGUUGUCCUCUGUAUACUGAUGUUAAAUAAAAAUGUGUGACUGAACUGUAAA